AUGAGCGAGCAAACGGACGAGAACACAUAUCCGUCUCCUCUCCAUCAAUUUAAAAAAUACAGCUUUAAGGAGAAAAAGAAGUUGCGGACGAAUUCUGCUGGCGCGAGUGACAUUGGUGCGCGACCGACAAAUGAAGAUGCGUUCAAAAUUAUCUCCGGUGCAGAGGCCAUGGUUCCGUUGAAAAAAAACAAAAAAGCGAAGUGUGAAUAUUAUGGAGUGUUUGAUGGACACAACGGGACAGAAGCUUCCAAUAUUUGCUCCGAAUCGAUGCAUUGCGAAAUUUUCGAAGACCCCGACUUUGAAAAUGGCUUUUAUGAACUUUGUUUGUUCAACGCGUACUGUCGGAUGGACUGGCUAUUGUGUACAAAACGAAUUAAAGAUAACAGUGGAUGCACGUCUGUUACUGCUAUUAUAUAUGAUAGGUUACUCGUUGUAGCAAACGUUGGAGAUUCGGAGUGUUUAGUGAUAAAAGGAGGGUAUUCUGAUGAGGUUGAGGUCUUGACUCAAAAACAUACGGCGCGAGAUGAGAACGAGAAAAAGAGGAUGAAAGCCAAGGGGGGGAUUGUGUUCAAUGGAAGAGUCUAUGGGUCGAUGCAAGUAUCGCGUUCGCUUGGUGACAAGUCGUACAAAGGGAAAGGAGUGGUUAUACCAGAUCCUUAUGUGAAUGUGUAUGAAUUAACGAGUUCCGAUAAAAUCGUUGUACUCGCUUGUGACGGUGUUUUUGAGAAGAUGAAUUACGAAGACGUCAUGAAGUUCAUUCUCGAGCAACAGAACCAGCAAAAGACUCCCGAAGAGGCUGCAACGAAUUUGGUGAAAGAGGCGAUUGUAAGGGGGUCGAAGGACAACGUCACGUGUGUUGUUAUUUAUCUCAAUUGGUCGUAG